GGGCUACAUAAAUGAAGUUGAUUUGCUAAAAAAAUCAACUUUACACGGCGGACGCCUUACGCAGCGAUAUGCAUAACCAGCUAAUGGAAUUAAAGGGAAGCAUACGGGUCUUCUGCCGUGUGCGACCCAUUCUUGACAAGAGCAGUAGUGAAGAUGGUGCAGUCUAUUGCUUGGAGAAGGGACAGUUUGUUGGCCGCCGUGUUUAUCUGGAAACAUCAUCAGGGGCUAUAAAAGCUUUUACAUGCGAUCGAGUGUUCCCUCCUGGAGUUUCACAAAAUGAUAUCUUUGUUGAAAUAUCAGGAUUAGUGAAGAGUGCAAUGGAUGGCAAGAAGGUGAGGUGCUGCCAUUGGAUUUCAAUUUAUGUUGAGGCUGGUUUUGAAUCAAUAGUUGGAGGAUAUGAAAAAAAAGGGAGAUGCUCAAAUACGCAGAAAAUGACAUUAAAUGGAGCAUAAACGGGGUUGUGUGCAAAAGGGCCUGGGAAAAGGAUCCAAAAUAUCACAACAGAAAAUUAUCUCAAAUACCUUCAAGAACCUCACCAUUGCGUAGAGCUCGUCGAGGCGAUUCCAACGGAUAUAUUAUUUGCCUCGUUUGGAGCUCGGAUGAAAAAGAUAUUGAAAGUACAAAAUUAAAGGGAAUGCUGACGUCAGCACCCCCUGGUGGGGCCCAGCAGCUAGCCGUAGUGGGGCCCAGCGGCCAGCCAGGUGGCCCACCGGCCAGUUGGGUUAGUGGCGCUGCAGCCCACCAAGGUUAGGCGGCCCAAGAAGGUUUGGGCAGUAAUCCCACCUUGUGAAUGAGGUUGCGCCGACCCUAAGCAAAGCCUGGAAGACACCGGAGCCGCCCGAUGAGAUCUAUCUAUGUAUUUUCAGUUUUGCCCCUAAGGGCCUUCUUAGUGUUAAGUCGGUUUAGGGGUAUUAGGGUCAUUUAGUGAAGGGGGCUGUUUUGGCUAUAAAAAGAGGAGUGGGCUGCCAUAAACACUACCUCUCCCCUCACUUAGGCUAGAGACACAAGCACAAGAGCUUAAGAGAGAAAAUCCUUGGAGAGGGCUCUCUAGAUUUAUAGGGUGCAGUCUGUAGGAACUAGAGGGAGGAUGAAGGGCGGCCGUGCUAGUCUUUAGGAUUAGUUUUCUGCUGUAAUCUUGAACUAAUUUUCAUCAUUAAUUCAAAUUACUUUGCCCCCCUAA